UGAGAAACUGUUAAAGCUGCUUAAAUGACCGCUUUCUGUUUUGUAUGUGUGUGCGACGUGUAGGUGGUAUUAGAAUAGACAUUUUUGGCCCAUUGUUUAACGUGUUUCUUAACUGCGUCAUGCUCAGUUUGCUUCUUUUGUUUUCGUGUUCUUCGCGGUUAGUUUCGCUUUCGUCGCUGCCUCGGUGCUUCUGGGUUUAGUGGUCCGCUUGUCCUGUCUUGGCGGAUCGCGUGUUGUGUCGUGUUUUGUUGUGUUGUUGUGUUUUCGAGUUAGAGGUUAGGAAGUUAGUGAUGUGAUCACGGAAGCUUGCGUGUCGGAGCCACUCGGAAAUCGAGACCGAAGAGCAGCAACUCAGGGAAACGAAGGAUGGACGACCAAGGCAAGGUGGGGGAUGACUUUGUGUGCCCUGAGGUAUUGCGGGGACCCCUGAGCUCCCAGCAGGACACAGUGGAGAGAAUAUUCCAGGUGUCGUUCACAAUCGGAACUGGUGACGUCCCGCUCGGCACCAACGGCCAGAUGUGGCUGCGACUGCGGGGGUCAGACUGUGACGUGAAAGCGGCAAAGAUGUUUGUGAAAGGACUUGUGAACCAGGAGGGGCGGCAGGAGAUAUCCUAUCCCGCCGCGCUCAACUGCAUCUUCUGCGGUGCCAAAGGUUUCUUCAUGGACUGCAUGAUCAAGAGCACUUCAGCAGACAUCGUGGUGAGCUCUCCGGGCUCGCUGCUCAUCUCUGGUCUCAUUGAGCCAGUGGUGCGAGCCUAUUCCCUCAUUACUGACCUUUUGGAUCGAUAUAAGGGGGGGCAGGCUGGCUCCUCGGACGCUGAAGAACGAGGUUCGGGUGAGUUGCGGGCCUUCAAAGCGCUGGUGGAAAAACAGGAGGACCGCCACAUCCUGGAUCUCCUCGUACUUCCGAGAUCUGUGAAGGAAGCCCUGCUGGAUUUGGUGAAAGAGUCAGGACAAGGAGAAGUAGGCUUCCAUGAGCGUAGCCUACCUGGGAUGACUUUGGGGGAAGAGCAAAAAGAGGUUCUCCAAGAUGCGGGAGAAGAAAAGCAGCCGGAGCAUGUGGCGGCAUCGGCCGGCCAGGAUGAGGACCAAGUGCGGGAGCUGUCGGCGCCAAACAAAGAGUUUGGGCUUUUGUUGAAAUUCUUCACAACCAUGGGGUACACAGAAGAGGUGGUUAAACGGGUCCUCGGCCGAACGGGACCCAAAGAAGCCUCUCGGAUACUGGAUUUGGUUCAGCAAGAGCAGGACUACAGUUGCAGGGAACAGAGCAAGAGGAAACCGCCUUGUGAGAUGGAUGACGAAACAGUGGGAGGAGCAGAUGUGCCAGGCGAGGUCCGUGGACGUCAGGCCGGCGGCGUUGGGAGCGCACAAACUAAAGAGGAUGACGACUUUGUGUUGGGAGUGCUGAAGAAAGCUGCCGUGAGCUGCGGCUACUUGGAGCACAAGGUGGCCAAGGCUUGCAGCAUGUUGCCAGAUGGCUCCACUCACCUGCUGCUCCUGGAGCUGCAGAAGGAGAAAAGUGCUGGCAUGGAAGGCUUGGAGAAGCAGAGUCAGAAAACUGGAAUGACCAAAGCUGCUGAGAAAAGUGACCCAGAAACACCAAGUCGAGCUAAACCUGUCGCAAAUCUGGACCUGUCGCCCAAGAAUCAAGUCCUUCAACGUUCCAAUCAGGCCAAAGAAUCACCUGGACCAACGUUUCCCUCAUCUUCCACUCGCAGCCCUCGGCCAAAGCCUCAAAAACCGAGCUGCUUGAAAGGAACCCUCCCCGCUCAGCGUUCUCCCACCAGAUGCGGGGAAUGCCGCGAUGCGCCCAGCGUUCCCUCUGUGGUGGUGACGGGCAAGCAGCGCUUCAUGGAGGGUCUGCAGACGCCCUUUGAACUCCAGCUAACAGAUCAACCGGGGAACCCCCAGCUGAGGACCAUUAUCAUUGACGGGAGCAAUGUUGCCAUGAGUCACGGGCUCGGCCACUUCUUCUCGUGCCGAGGCAUCGCUUUGGCCGUUCAGCAUUUUUGGGAGCGAGGUCAUCGGCACAUCAGCGCCCUGCUGCCUCAGUGGCGUCAGAAGAGCGACCCCCGCGCCAGAGAGCAGCACUAUCUAGGAGAGCUGCAGAAGCUGGGCCUCCUGUCCUACACACCCUCAAGGGAGGUCCUGGGCACGAGGAUUAGCUCGUACGACGACAGACUAAUGCUGAAGCUGGCGCAAAAGACAGGCGGCGUGAUUGUGACCAACGACAAUCUGAGGGACCUUUUGGAGGAGUCGGACGCAUGGAGAGACAUCAUCAAAAAGAGACUGCUUCAGUACACGUUUGUUGGUGAUCAUUUCAUGGUUCCAGAUGACCCACUGGGAAGGGAGGGCCCUCAUCUGGAUGACUUCCUCCGUUCGGACCGCAGGACACCCGACCCUGCUGGUGUAGCCAAGAACUCCCCUUCUUUUAAUCCUCUGCGCUCACAAAUUCCAGUCCACAACUUUCCUGAGCAAACACCAGAUGGUGCUCUGAUUGGAGCAGGUGAAGGGAGGCAGGGAGAGGAAAGUCAUCACCCCAAGUCCGGAGAACAGCAAGGCCCCGAGGCCAUUUCAGUAAGCAGAACGGUGGAGGCCACAGCGGAAUUGAGAGAGCGUCUUUGUCAGGUGUUUCCUGGUCAGGACAACAUGGUGAUGCUGGUUUUGCAGAGUAACCCGACCGAGAACGACCUCAAUGUGCUCUCAGCCCUUCUUUUGGAGCAAUAGAACUUUUGCAGUUUAGUCAGGGUCACACAACUGAAAUGUCUUUUUUUUAAUCUACCGCUCCCCAUGGUGCCCGCAAAAUUAUCUGUCAGGUAUAUCAAAGGUUUUAGACUGCUUUUGUCCAAGGGACCACCAUUGUAACCAAGAAGCAACUCAGGAACUUCUGCUUUGGCAGAAACAGUGAUCCCUCGCUACUUCGCGUUUCGUUUAUCGCGGCUUCGCUACAUCGCAGAUUUUAUUUUCCGAAUUGAAAAAAAAGCAUUUAAAAGUCAAAGUAAAACUUCUAAAUUGAGUAAACAUGUGUCUAACCUUUAGUACAAUGUAGUAUUGCUCCAAAUGGUCGUUUACAUUCUUUUAGAAGUCCGUUUUCGCGUGUUAGCACGAUCGCGAAUUAACAUCUUUCCGCUAACUCGUUAGGCGGCCCAGUACUUCUUGUUGGCGACGUACUUCGCGGAUUUCACUUAUCGCGGGUGGUUUUUGGAACCAAUUAUCCGCUAUAAACGAGGGAUUACUGUAUUAUUUUAUUUUGCACUGAAGGAGGUUAGACCUGUACAUGCGAUUGAUUAGCAUCUGUAUGGCUAUGUUGGGAAUUUCAGCUCCAUUUGACAUAAUUUGGAUGGGUAAACGAUUCACAAAAUUAGCUGGAAAACAAAUCAAGUAUAAAUGAUGAAUCCUUUUUAUCUUUUAAAAAGAAGAUUACAAUUAUUUCCAAUUUAACGGAGCACCGCAAUUCCGCCACGGCCCACUAGAGGGCCGCGGACCACCGCGAUGUGCAUGAAAGCUGACCUCUGCAUUUGAGGAGCCGUUUGUGGUAUCAAUGCCUUGCUCAAAGACACCACACCCGAUGCAACAGAAGAAACGACAUCUUGUCACAACAGUGUUUAUACCUUUUUCAUGCUCCUUGAGAUUUUAUUAUUUUUGAAUCUGUGUUCUUCCCGUUCAAUAAACGUCCAAAAACGCGC